GCACGGCCUUUGUGUCGGGGGAUGUCAGCGCGUCGGCUAAAGCGUCCACCAAUAGUAAAGGUCGUUGGUGUAUGCAAAUAAGGGCUCUAUGACGCAGAGACGCAGCGUGAAGCGUGGGUAUAAAAACGGAGGCGUCGGGGGGGUUUGGAGCGCAGAGCGGUUUGGUCGGUCGUUGGGAAAGCAUCAUUUCUUUGCUCGGCGACUGCGACUCUUCAUUGGGUACCAGAACCGGCGCGGCGCUCUGAGAAGUGGCCUAAAACUUCGGCGUUGGGUAAAAGAAAAUGGCUCGAACCAAGCAGACCGCUCGUAAAUCCACUGGUGGGAAAGCCCCCCGCAAACAGCUGGCCACCAAAGCUGCCAGGAAAAGCGCUCCCUCUACCGGCGGGGUGAAGAAACCUCAUCGCUACAGGCCCGGCACCGUGGCGCUCAGAGAGAUUCGUCGUUAUCAGAAGUCGACUGAGCUGCUCAUUCGGAAGCUGCCUUUCCAGAGGUUGGUGAGGGAGAUCGCCCAGGAUUUCAAAACCGACUUGAGGUUUCAGAGUGCGGCCAUUGGUGCGCUUCAGGAGGCUAGUGAAGCGUACCUGGUGGGUUUGUUUGAAGAUACUAAUCUGUGUGCCAUCCACGCUAAGAGAGUCACCAUCAUGCCCAAAGACAUCCAGUUGGCUCGCCGGAUACGGGGAGAGAGAGCUUAAGUGAAGGCAGUUUUUAUGGUGUUUUGUAGUAAAUUCUGUAAAAUACUUUGGUUUAAUUUGUGACUUUUUUUGUAAGAAAUUGUUUAUAAUAUGUUGCAUUUGUACUUAAGUCAUUCCAUCUUUCACUCAGGAUGAAUGCGAAAAGUGACUGUUCACAGACCUCAGUGAUGUGAGCAUUGUUGCUCAGGAGUGACAAGUUGCUAAUAUGCAGAAGGGAUGGGUGAUAUUUCUUGCUUCUCAUGAUGCAUGUUUCUGUAUGUUAAUGACUUGUUGGGUAGCUAUUAAGGUACUAGAAUUGAUAAAUGUGUACAGGGUCCUUUUGCAAUAAAACUGGUUAUGACUUGAUCCAAGUGUUUAACAAUUGGGGCUGUUAAGUCUGACCAUACAUCACUGUGAUAGAAUGUGGGCUUUUUCAAGGGUGAAGAUAUACAAGUCUUAACCACAGUGUAAACUUACAGUUUCCUUAAAAAAAAAAAAAAAAAAGUAAACCUGGCAGCUAUAGAAUACACUAUGUGCAUUUAUAAUAGCUAUUUUAUAUAUUGUAGUGUCAACAUUUUUAAAUUAAAUGUUUUACAUUCACAA